GUCGGCCUUUUUGGAACUGCGCUCGCUCUCUAUCACUUCCCUCCGUCAUGGCGGCCAAUACGCGAACUGUCAGGGUAACAGUCAUUGCUGCUGAUUCCCUAUACAAAAAAGAUCUCUUUUCAUUACCCGACCCAAUUGCCUUUCUCACUAUCGAUGGCGAACAAACGCACAAAACCAAUAUCAUGAAGAAAACUCUCAACCCUUAUUGGAAUGAAAGCUUCGACGUCCAAGCGACGAAUCAAAGCGUUAUUAGCGUCCAAGUCUUUGACCAGAAAAAAUUCAAAAAGAAGGAUCAGGGGUUCCUUGGUGUUGUCACAGUGCAGAUGAGCAAUGUCUUUGAUGUUGCUGUUGGAGGGGAUGAAAUGUUGACCUUGGAGCUUAAAAAAUCCACUGGGAACGAAACCGUUCAUGGUAAAUUGAUCAUCAACCUCUCUACCAAUGUGAACGCUCCUGCACGUAAUGGAAACAAUGCUAUUGUGCCAAGUAAUCCCCAACUUACACCGUCGCAGCCUUCGUCUUCGUCCUUGGCAAGAGAGGAGUCUAAUCAAUUGUCUGUCCCUCCCCCCGCUAACGCUCACAGCAUGAGUACUGCGCAAACAGCUUCCCACACAUCGUCAGACGAGGAGCCUUUGCCUGGAGGUUGGGAGAGACGUGUUGAUCACCUUGGCCGACCCUACUAUGUCGAUCACAAUAGUCGUACUACCACAUGGCAUCGACCAGUAACAAACUCGGCCGAUCGAUCUCGAGACCGAGAAAACCAAACCGCCAUGGAACGAUCACGACUCAAUGCACGAACAUUGCCAGAAGACCGACCAUCGGCAUCCAAUAGCUCAGUUACCCUCCCAGAGCCUUCCACACCCAAUUCCUCCACUGUCCCCCCAACUACACCAACUACACCAAAUGCAACCUCCAAUGCAUCAUCCAAUACCAACUCUGGCCCAUUGCCUGCUGGUUGGGAAAUGCGAACAACCCCUGAAGGUCGACCCUACUUUGUUGACCACAAUACCCGUACUACCACCUGGGUAGAUCCUCGAAGACAACAGUAUAUUCGUACUGCUGGUAACAAUGGCAGCCAAGUGCAAGUGCAACCUGUCUCACAACUUGGCCCUCUCCCAUCUGGGUGGGAAAUGCGACUGACGAGUACGGCUCGUGUUUAUUUUGUUGAUCACAAUACCAAAACCACUACUUGGGAUGAUCCAAGAUUGCCUAGCAGCUUGGAUCAAAAUGUACCGCAAUACAAGCGCGAUUUCCGACGAAAACUUAUCUAUUUCCGUUCGCAACCUGCUCUACGACCAGUGCCAGGACAAUGUCAUAUUAAAAUUAGACGAAAUCGUAUUUUUGAAGAUUCUUACGCCGAAAUUAUGCGACAGACUCCUGCUGAUCUUAAGAAGCGUUUGAUGAUCAAGUUUGAUGGCGAAGAUGGUCUUGAUUAUGGUGGUUUGUCGAGAGAAUACUUUUUCUUGCUCUCUCAUGAAAUGUUUAACCCCUUCUACUGCUUGUUUGAAUACUCGGCACACGAUAAUUAUACCCUCCAGAUAAACCCCCACUCCGCCAUUAACCCUGAACAUCUCAACUACUUCCGCUUCAUCGGCCGCGUGGUCGGCCUUGCCAUUUUCCACCGACGAUUUUUAGAUGCGUUCUUUAUUGUUUCCUUUUACAAGAUGAUCCUGCACAGAAAGGUCACGCUUGCGGAUAUGGAAAGUGUUGAUGCAGAUUUCCAUCGAAGUCUUCAGUGGAUACUUGACAAUGAUAUCACGGAUGUUCUCGAAUUGACUUUCUCGACCGAUGAUGAUCAGUUUGGCGAAGUCGUCAGUGUCAAUCUUAAGGAAAAUGGAGAGGAUAUCGCAGUCACUGAAGAAAAUAAGAAGGAAUAUGUGGAUCUCAUUACAGAGUGGCGUGUUUCCAAGAGAGUGCAAGAGCAAUUCAAAGCCUUUUUGGAAGGCUUUAACCAAUUGAUUCCUCAAGAACUCAUCAACGUCUUUGAUGAGCGUGAGUUGGAACUCCUUAUUGGUGGUAUUGCUGAGAUUGAUGUCGAAGACUGGAAGAAGCAUACUGAUUAUCGUGGCUACACUGAGCAAGACGAUGUGGUACAGUGGUUUUGGAAGUGCAUCAAAUCAUGGGACGGCGAAAAGAAAUCGCGCCUUUUGCAAUUCACCACUGGUACUUCCCGUAUUCCAGUCAACGGAUUCAAGGAUUUGCAAGGCAGUGAUGGUCCCAGAAGAUUUACCAUUGAAAAGAGUGGCGAUGUCUCACAACUUCCAAAAGCUCAUACCUGCUUCAACCGUAUUGACAUGCCACCUUACAAAUCGUAUGAUGCGCUUGUGGCCAAACUUUCCCUCGCUGUUGAAGAAACAGUUGGGUUUGGCCAGGAAUAAUGCUUCAAAAUUCUAUAUUAUAUUUUUUUCUGAACUUCCUACUUAUUUCCUUCUAUUCUUCUUCUUUUUUUCUGUUUUUAUUACAUACAAAUUUUUUUUAUGUUUCUUUAAAGAAGAUUUGGGCCGUGUCAGGUGUGU